GUUCUGGGCUGCCAUCAAAGGUCUCUUCUAGUGCGACGUGUGUGGUAGCUGUGUUUGUGCUGCAUGCUGUGCUGAUGCUGUCUCCCCCUGUCCAUCACUUUACUACAUUCCCUGGUGCACGGAAACGCUGGAGCUCCACCAUCGACGCGGAGAUGGAGACCAACCCUCACAUGCGGCGCGACCUGGAGGAGUACCGCGCCAGGAUGAAGGAGCAGGAGCAGCAGCAGCAGCAGGUGGCGGACUUGGAGCUUCAAGCCACGAGGAUUCAAGAGCAGCUGUCCAAACUAUCCAAAACACUACCGCUCAAUCCCGCCAGUCCCACUGUGCAGGGCUUCUCCAAGGUCACAGAAGGGGAGGACCACGACCCACCCAACCACUCCAGGACUGCCCACGUUGACCUCUAGAACUCCUGCCGCUGAACUCUCCGCCUAACUAACACCAUCCUCUGCCUCUGUGUUCCUCUUCCUCGGAGCCGCUGCAGAACACCACGUCCCCUUCCACAACGCUCCGCCCAACACUCCCCAGGACCUUAUUCCGAAGCACUCCAGCCCGCACCUACAUUUCUUUCAAAGGGCUCUAGUCUAGUUGAAGUGACACUGGUUUUUUAUGAAGUUUUUAUCCCGGUUCUUGUGAUGGAUCAGCAUGGUUUCUACAUAAGUAACAGAAGAGAAGAAAAACGCACUCGAGCACCCGCCUCAUCAUCCCUCUGGCCUUUGAAAACAGUCGUGGUGAGAGAGAAAAGCGUUCCUGAAUGAAUACACGGACCUUACAUAGCCGCUGACCCCGCCCCGCCGCCUGCCCUUCCAUCGUAUCUGAGUGAUUGCCUCCGUCCUCUACCGUGCUCAACCAUUCCCCUCUCCUCUCACUUCUCCCCUCAUCUCUCUCAUCCUUCUCCCCUCUCCCUGCUUGUCUCUGCUUGCCACUUAUUGACUAUUUGUUUGUUUAUUUAUUUAUUUAUUGUUUGUUUGCUUAUUUAUUUAUUUAUUCAUUCAUUCAUUUAUUUAUUUAUUUAUUUUUUAUUUCAUGCUUGAUGCUGUUGGGUCCUGUGAUGACAACGUUACUGAUACCAUUGUAAUUAUUAUUUGUGUUAUAGUAACCUUACACACACACACACACACACACACACACACACACACACACACACACACACACACACACACACACACAUACACACACACACUUUGUCGACCGUCUAUUUAGGUUCAGCUGAGUAAUACUGUGAACUGUCAUUAUGUUGAUGUAUUUUGGAGAAAAUAAUAACACAAUACCAAACCAAACUAA